AUGUCGAAGCUACUAAGAUUCCAACGGGCGCGGCCCAUGACCUGGGGAAGCACCUUCACAAGCCGUCAAUUCAGCACAACGAGGGUGGCGCUGUCAGUGCGAGGACAAUCCAAGCUGUUCAAGGAUGCGGAUGCUGCGGUUGCGGACAUCAAGAGUGGUUCGACGUUGUUAAGUUCUGGGUUUGGACUCUGCGGCGUGGCUGAUACCCUGAUCAAUGCGAUCAACAAAAGAGGCCGCGACUCUCUUCACUCGCUUACAGCUGUGUCCAACAAUGCUGGAGUGGAAGGCAAGGGUGGCUUGGCAGUCCUCACAAGUGCUGGCCAGGUCGAUCGCUUGAUCCUGUCAUACCUUGGAAACAACAAGGUCUUGGAGAAGAAGUACUUGACUGGCGAAUUGGCGAUUGAGCUUUGUCCGCAAGGCACGCUGGCCGAGCGCAUUCGAGCUGGCGGCGCUGGCAUUCCUGCAUUCUUCACACCAACAGCAGCUCAUACCCUCUUGCAAGAUGGCGAAAUCCCCGUGCGACUAGACAAGUCUGGCGCUGUUGUCGAAAAGGGUCGAAAGCGAGAAACCCGCGAGUUCAACGGUCGAACGUUCCUCAUGGAACAUGCAAUUGAAGGCGACGUCGCCAUUAUGCGAGCUUGGAAGGCAGACAAGGAUGGAAACUGUGUCUUCCGAUAUGCGACAAAGUCAUUCGGACCCCUCAUGGCCAAGGCCGCAAAGCUCACCAUCGUCGAAGCCGAGAACAUUGUCGAAGUUGGCGAAAUCGACCCCAACGAUGUGAACCUCCCCGGUAUCUUCGUCGACCGAAUCGUCCCCGCUACAGCCGAGAAGAAUAUCGAGGUCCUCAAGUUGAGAGAGGAGGGUCAGGAUGGACCGCCAAAGGCCACGAAUGAAGCUCAGGAGCGACGAAACCGUAUCGCGAGACGAGCUUCAAAGGAGCUCAAGCCUGGAUACUAUGUCAAUCUGGGAGUGGGAAUUCCGACGCUGGCCGUUUCUUUCCUGCCUGCCGACUCGACUGUGCAUAUUCAGUCUGAGAAUGGUAUCCUUGGAAUGGGUGCUUAUCCUACGAAGGAUGAGGUUGAUGCUGAUAUCAUCAACGCUGGCAAGGAAACAGUUACACUUGUGCCUGGCGCAUCAGUCUUUGACUCGGCCGAAUCUUUUGGUAUGAUUCGGGGUGGACAUGUUGAUGUGUCAAUCCUUGGUGCCCUGCAAGUCAGCGCAGUCGGUGAUUUGGCCAACUACAUGAUUCCCGGUAAGGUGUUCAAGGGCAUGGGCGGAGCGAUGGAUCUGGUAGCCAACCCCGACAACACCAAGAUUGUCGUUGCAACCGAACACUGUGCCAAGGAUGGGUCUUCCAAGAUCGUGCAGCAAUGUACUCUGCCUCUAACGGGCGCAGGUGUAGUCAGCACCAUCAUUACCGAUCUUUGCGUGUUUGAGGUAGAUCGAGAGCAGGGUACUCUAACUCUUACUGAGCUUGCGCCGGGCGUGAGCGUCGAUGAAGUUAGAAGCAAGACAGAUGCAGAUUUCGCAGAAGCGAGGGAACUAAAACAGAUGGAGUAG